AUGAAGGAAGAGUUCCCCAACUAUCAGAUUGGUGACGUUGAUUUUAAAGACAAGACUUGUUUUAAUGAUUUUGAUGGAGAACUUCAUUUUUUAAAUUCAGAACGUCCCUACAUGCGCUGUUUAUCAUUUCAUGCGUUGUUGGCUCGUGAACAUGCUCUUGAUUACGGAUGGAUUGACGAAAAUGAAUUGAAGGAAUUGGAUGGUGAUGAUAUGUGGUCGGAUGGAUUCCUUGAAAAAACCAGGAAAUUCAUUGAUGAGUGGCGGGUUGAUGUUUGCAAUUACACAGGCAUUAUUCAAAUUGACGAUACUAGUAGAAAGAACCGUCACUGCAAUCAACUCCAACGAUCCAUGAUUCUUUUGGAUUUGAUAUUUCGUAUCCUGUGUAUAUGCGAUUGUGCUGUCAACUCAUCAAACUGCGGUCAAGUCGAUGAUAAAGCAAUGGUUGUCGACUUUUGUAUUGAAAAGCAGUCAAAAGAUUACAUUAAAACAGACAUUAUGGACAGAUUCUACAAAGGAAAUGGGUGUAUCAUCUGUCAUCAAUUCAGACACACUUGUCAGUCCUGUUCCGUAUACAAUGAGUCACAUAUGGACACAUAUGGACACCAAUGCAACAAUCAAGAAUCAAUUGUCAUUUACAAGUCCGAAUUGCCAACCAACAAUCGUACUAAUGGACCAACGGACCAAUGCCAAAACACCUGCACAUCAGACAGUUUAUUGGACAUGACUUGA